CUGCGAGCUGAGCUCCCCGAAGCGGCGGCGGCAGCGGCAGCCGGGCUCGGUCGCUGGCCCCUUCACUCCGCGCCUUCUGCAGCCGCCACUGCAGCCGCGCGGCGGGGGCUCCCUCCCUGCAGCCAGCUAGUGGCCCCAGCCUGGUGCCUGGGAAAGGAAGAGGGCGCGCGGACACGCGUUCCAGGCGGGGUCGGCGAGGAUCUCCCGGGCGCCGCUCGCUUCCCCGCCGGCUUGCCCGCCCGCGGUUGCUCCCUCGGCCCUUCGCCCGCGCGCGCAUCCCCUCCCGCACCAGGGAGUAGUUCUGGGUGGCGUGGGCUCCGUCCUCUUCUUGGCUGGUGGCAACCGUGUGCCUGAGAGAGGAAGUCUGGUGGGCCCGGCCCCUCCCAGCCCAGCGCCGAUGAGUGCCCGGGCGCCCAAGGAGCUGAGGCUGGCGCUGCCGCCGUGUCUCCUCAACCGGACCUUUGCUUCCCCCAACGCCAGCGGCAGCGGCAACGCCAGUGCCCGUGGCCCGGGUACCGGCGCCAGCGGAGGCGGCACCUGCAUCACGCAGGUGGGACAGCAGCUCUUCCAGUCCUUCUCCUCCACGCUGGUGCUGAUCGUCCUGGUCACCCUCAUCUUCUGCCUCAUCGUGCUGUCCCUCUCCACCUUCCACAUCCACAAGCGCAGGAUGAAGAAGCGGAAGAUGCAGAGGGCUCAGGAGGAGUACGAGCGGGAUCACUGCAGCAGCAAUCGCGGCGGCAGGGGGCUGCCCCCGGCGGGCGGCCAGGCCCCAGCCCAAGCCAAAGAAACCCGGCUGGAGAGGCAGCCCCGGGACUUUGCCUUCUGCACCCCCUCCGACGCCUCCUCUUCGUCUCUGUCCCCUGGCCUCCCGUGCCAGGGUCCCUGUGCUCCUCCGGCUCCACCACCCGCCCCCAGUCCGCAAGGAGCACAAGCAGCCUCCUCCUGUUUGGACACAGCUGGCGAGGGCCUUUUGCAAACGGUGGUACUGUCCUGAUCAUUUAGCCCCCUCUUCCCUCCCCUUCCUCAUCUCCAGCAUCUUUGCCGUCCUUGCUUUCUCCCCCUCCAUCUUUCCUCUUCCACUUUUCUCUGGCCUCCCUCUCUUUUUCCUUCUUUCCGUCUCUGCCCUCCCCUUACUCUGUUUCUCCUCCGCCGAGGCACUGUGCGGUAUUUGUAAAUAUUGGGCGAGGAAAGUCUCGGAAGAAGAAAUAACGCUGAUAAUACUUUAUUAUUAAUAUUUAUAGUAAUUAUUAUAAUACUAAUCACACAAUCCAAGCGCAUGACAAAUCACAUCAUUUCUCAUUGUCAAUGAAGGAUGCGUCUUCCCUCUCCACCCUGCACCCCUCCCCGCCCACACACACACACAAUAAGGAGGAGAAACCGCACAAGCUACCAAAUAUAAAAGAGGCAUUGAUUCCUGGAGCAAAGGGAGUGGAGGGGGCCCGGUGUGUUGUACAUAGCUGUCAAGUUAAGGUUCAGUUACCUUCCCUUCCUUCCAUCUCCCCCCACCCCCACCCAAGCUUUCACUUUUCCUUCAGCUUCCCUCCUUCCCCAUUCCCACCUUCCGCCGGGCUCAGGCAAUAGUACAUUUCAAAGAAAAUGUCUACAUUAAGCACCAGAACUACAAGAGGCCACAGAGACAGUCCCAGACAAACGUGAUGACAUGUACUGGUCUCUGGUCAGCCCUCUUUCUCACCCCUUAGUUAACCAUUCCUUUUUCCAGGACCAGACAUUUAAAAAUUUACUUUUAGAAAUGUCCCUCGCUGGCCGAAAAUCUUUAAAUGGGUUGAAAGAAAAGAAAGAAAGCAACAGAAAGUGAAAGAAAGAAAAGAAAGAAAGAAAGAAAGAAAAGAAAGAAAGAAAGAAAGAAAGAAAGAAAGAAAGAAAGAAAAGAAAGAAAACAACAUCUGCUGCUUUAGCUCUCUGCCCCGCCCCCAGCUGUUCACCUUUGACUUGUGGCAUUUUCGGGAUUCAUAAAGGAUCCAGAAGCUGUCCAGACAGGUGUGGUGCUGAAAUUGCUUCACAGGACUGGUUACUUUGGUUGUGUAGGCAGAGGAAGGGCUGUUUUGGGAAGUGACAAUUUUAGCUUUUUGUUGGUUUCUUCUUUUUCUACGAUCGGGUUUGCGUGUACUAUUGGUUUUAUUAUUAAACAUUGCAUAAGUUAACCUUUUUUUUGUACAAAAAAAAAUACUAGGUGAUGUGCAGUACUGAAAGUGCAGUAUCUAACCAACCAGAAUGUUUCUGUUUAAUUUUUAGAGCAAGUGCACCUUUGUUAUAUAUUUAUUAUAUUGGUACCAAAUACAGAAACAAACUAUAGUUCUGUACUACAUCCUCCAAACUGUAUAGUCUUGUUCUUAAUUUCCAGCUGUUGAUAUAAUGGUUACCACUGGAUGAGCAAUUCAGUGGGCAGGCCUGGCUUCUGCUGUUUCCAGAAGUGUUCUUUUGUACCUUAUUCUGUAGUAGACUGUUAUAAAAAGAUAACACAUAUGUUUUCUUUUUUUCUUUUGCGAGUAACAGAGACAACCACAACAGAAAACAAACAAAUAAUGGAUGUGCAGGAAUGCCAUCUAUUAAAACAUGGUUAAUAUUUAAACAGUGCCUGUAGUCCUCCCUGCAUGCAAUUACCACCUGGAGGCAGUGGUGUGUGUGCUUGCUUGUACUGUAUGUGUUUGGGGGUGAGACUGGUGGGGAUAUUGGGCAAUUUGGAUGACAGGACAUGCAAAUUUCAUGAGAAGUUAAACCCAGUAACUACUUGUAGGAUAAAAAAAAAAUAUAUGAAGCUUGUUAGUAAAAAAAUUUGUGCCUGCAUCUGAGAUGCAGUGAAGGAAAGGCUCUUUUCUCUUUCUCAGUCUGGCUUACCUACCUUCACUGGAUACACACACAAAAAAAAAAAAGGUUGAGAGAAAAACAAAGAGAAAAGAUCAAUAUUUUUAUUCUCUUUCCUGAUGCCAGAGAAGGCCAUCUAUGUUUGAAAUGGGGUCCACCUAUGGUUAUUUACCACUUUGUUUCCCUUGGAUUGAUGAUAGAAGGAGCCAGAAGCAUAUUGCAAUCUUAAAUAUAUGCAGUGGCAUCCUUUCUUGGGAACCAAUUUUUUGACAGUUAUUUAAAUAUUUGGAUAAUAUAUGAAUGAAAAUGAAUCAAUCAAAAAAUCCUUAUCAACCUGCACGGUGUAAGGUAACAGUGCCCCUAUGUGCAUCCCUCUUCCAAAUAACUAUUAAUUCUAGGUUCUCUGUCUUGGUUCCAGGCUUCUGUGCUCUUAUCUAGAGAAAAUAUUACCUCUGAGGUUUUAGGUCAUCUGUUAAAUUGCCCAAGCUCAACCUGCAUCUUUUAUACAAAUAAUUUAAUAAGCUUAACUUUAACCGUCCAUUAGAUAUUCACUCACGUCCUUUCCUGAAGCACAGAGGAUCAUCAUUUAAGCAUGCCAUGUUGUAAUAUUAGGAAGACCAGGUAUAAUCUUUGGGUUCAAUAUAUUAAACAAUGAACCAGAUUCUCUCCAGUGCCUUAGUCACUUCCUAGUAAUAGGUAAAAGAGUGCAUUAACUCCCUCAGGCCACUAGGGAAUCCUUUAGUGCAUCAGAGCUCCACACUGUACAUCAGAAUGACUAAGGCACUGUGAGAAAGAAAGUCCAUUAAUUUUGUGGCUCACCCUCAUCCAGCUGUAGCUCUUUAAUACCUUUUUACAGAAUGACUUUUGGACUUGAAAUUUGAACAGAAUCAGGGACUCAGAAGGGAGCUUCCUCAUUUCCAAUAAGCUCCACUAAGUGCAUGGAUAUUACUUUCUCCCUCUUGUUUGGUGCACUUCUUACAGUGAAUAAUUUCCCAUUUUAUUGAAGCAAUAAGAUGUUCUGUUGUGAGCAGUGCUGGAUGAUGAUUCCAUUUUCCUUGGUGCUGAAGCUACUCUUACGUUCUUGCCUUAUGAAUCACAGUGCAUUCAAGGCAUGCAAUAAUAAUCCCCUUCCAAGGAGCAGCCUGUACACUCUAGGGGGUAAUUAUGAAAUUGUCCUAUAUAAUUUUUCCCCAAAGGAAUAGAGGAAACAGGAGAAAUGAAAGCAUUAUGUAUACUGUUUAAAAACCAUCUUGAUACCUCUAAACAUGGGCACACAUCCAUAAUAUGCUCUUAUUGUGCACCUUUAAAUAUGUAUGCCUUUCUCCAUUAACUGACUGUGGUUUAAUAUUUUUAACAGUGCUCUUUGUAAAGAUGAUGUGGUUUGUGAGUCAAAUUUCAUGCUGAGUUUCAUAUACUCAGAAUUCUAAGCUUCUGGUGGUGUCACUUGAGAUUUUUUAUGAGAUAGUGAAUUACAUGAAAUUCUAGUAAUACCAGUCCCCACACCAAAUCAUUGCAAUAAGCACAUACCCAAGCAAUUUGCACAGACCCUGUUUAGAGCAUUGCAUCUUAUUGAGCUCAAUUGACAGUCUCAGGAGUUUGGGAUGCUACCAACAGGGCAUUUUGGAUUUCAUUUAUAUGAAACAAAAGGCAAUCUGGAAAUAGCUAAAUUUGUUUUGAGGAUUUUAUUCAUUGAUGUCCCGUCAAAUGAAUUGCUUCAAAUCCCUAUAGCUACAGCUCAACUUCUGCACUUGCUACUCAGUAUUAAUAAGGUGGCAUGCUUGAUUCUUAUUGUUUUUAAAAAUGAGAAAAUUGGAGAGAGAAUACCAUUAUGUCAAAUGUAUGGGACUCUGAAUCUUAAAGAUGUAGAUGAAUAUAACCUUCUUUAGAAUUUAUAUACACCCAUAGAUAUGUAUUUAUAUAUGCAUACAUUUUGUACAAAUUUACAAUGGACUUUUUGUAUUCUCUUUUCUGUCGUUACAAGAAUGAGAUGGAAACCAAAUUGUUGUUCCAUCCUCUUAUCCAGAGAGGAUACUGAGAAGUCAGGUAUAUGCAUGUAUGUAUUUCUCUGGGGUUAAGUCUGAAUGACUUUCUCUUUAUUUAAUGAAAGGGGAGAGUCUUGUUUGGCUCGGGGAGUUGGUAAUUAGAUAAGCUUCCUUUCCUAGUUAGUAACUCAAAUGUAGCAAUGAUAAUGAACUUGUGACCAUGCCUAUGUGGUCUAAAUAUCUAGAUGGAAAGCAAAAAUGUCUAGAGGAGCUUUAGAGCUAUCUAGACCACAAGCCUGGAUUGUGGCUUGAUUUUUUUUUUUUUUAUUUUCAGCCUAUAUGUUGUGUGGAGAUACAAUUUAUAUCUGCAUAGCUAAAGGUAAAGUGAAAAUAGGACCAUUAUCUGUUUAGUUUGGUAUGCAGUUUUUGGAAAAUAUGGAUAAAUUAGCUUUUUAAAAAACACUUUGGCAUCUGACUUUUCCACCAUUUCUAUCUAUAUCAAUUGAAUUAAUUAGAUAAUGGUUAAAAUUCCAUUUUUUUUCCAUUAAAUGCUUUUCUGUGGGUGACAGUUGUGGAAGUUAAAGGUUAAAUUAGAACCAGAAACUUUAAUCUAGUCUGGUCAGGCUCCUCAGGUCCAUUCCCCUGUGAAUAUGGACUUUAAAUCUGAAUUUGAAAAACCACUUCUCUGGGCCAUGCUUCUUUUGGAAUUAGUGAUUGUGGCUCACAGAUGUUUUAGUUCAUAUUAGAAUGAACUGACCUAUCUAUAGAGGGGUAUUUAAUCAUGAAUUGAACAUCAAUCUGAUUCUGAUUUGGUUUCUGAUUUACUUGAUAACAUUUGAGAAACAGCUUUGAUGACAUCAAUACUUGUUAAUGUCACCAACCUAGUAAUACAAUUGGUGCCAUGUAGGAAUGCUUAGCUAAGAAUAAGAAUUUAAUUAACUUUAAUUGAGGACAAUGUCUUAUCAAGGUAGUUCUACCUGUUUGAAGCAGGGAUACUUGUGAUCUCAUUGGGUUGUUUUCAUAGGGAGAUUAACAACAACAAUAAUGACAAAAGCAACAGAAAAACUGAUUUUUGAACUCAAAUAUAUCCAACAGACAGAAUAAAACAGAUAUUAGAAUUCAUGGAAAAUUUGUUUUGCUUUUCUAUCAA